AUGAUGGCGAACGGUUUGGAGACAGUACAGCAAAACGGACGCUCCGGUUCGAUCGGCAGUGGCCAGGAGGACAGCAAGACGAAUCUGAUCGUGAACUAUCUGCCACAGACGAUGACACAGGAGGAGGUCAAAUCACUGUUCUCCAGCAUCGGCGACGUCGAGAGCUGCAAGCUCAUUAGGGAUAAGGUUACCGGACAAAGUCUCGGUUACGGCUUCGUCAACUAUCACCGUCCGGAGGACGCAGAAAAAGCAAUAAACACAUUCAACGGGCUGAGACUGCAGAACAAGACGAUCAAGGUGUCGUUCGCACGGCCCAGCUCCGAUGCCAUCAAGGGCGCCAACCUGUACGUAUCCGGGCUGUCCAAGAGCAUGACCCAGCAGGAUCUGGAGGCACUGUUCCAGCCAUACGGACAAAUAAUCACAUCGCGCAUCCUGUGCGACAACAUUACCGGCCUAUCGAAGGGGGUCGGCUUCAUCCGCUUCGACCAGCGCUCCGAAGCGGAACGGGCCAUCCAGCAGCUGAACGGUACCACGCCGAAAGGUGCUUCCGAACCGAUUACGGUCAAGUUCGCCAACAAUCCGAGCAAUAACAUCAACAAAGCGAUUCCACCGCUGGCCGCGUAUCUAACGCCGACGCCGAACCUACGACGAUUCCCACCGGGGCCGAUCCAUCCGCUAGGUGGACGUUUCAGCCUUCCCUCUACUUUCAGCCGCUACUCGCCGCUGACUGGCGACCUCGGCACUUCGGUUCUAUCGGCCAACGCCAUCAACGGGUCCGGCUGGUGUAUCUUCGUGUACAAUCUGGCCCCGGAGACGGAGGAAAACGUGUUGUGGCAACUGUUUGGUCCGUUCGGAGCAGUCCAGAGCGUCAAAGUAAUCAAGGACCUACAGACGAACAAGUGCAAGGGAUUCGGUUUCGUCACGAUGACCAACUACGACGAGGCAGUCGUUGCUGUGCAAUCUCUGAAUGGUUACACCCUCGGCAACCGAGUGCUGCAGGUCAGCUUCAAGACGAACAACACCAAAUCGAAAACCAAUUAA